CGUCAGUCAUCAUACCAAUCAAUCAAUUAUUAUUAUUAUUAGGAGCCGCGAGAGGGGCAGAGUCGCGUGGCCUUCUCAUCUCGUCGUAUUCUUUUUUUAAUCAAACCAAAAAAAGAAAAAAAAUCAAAACAGUAACACAAAAAACCAACUGUGCUAGAAGGCAGGAAAGAGAAGGUCACCAAUCAUCGUCGUCGAAGGAGGAUUCAUCCAACCAAAUCCAAUCCGUCGUCAAUCGUAACCUUCCGAUCCCCGGCCAAGAUGAAUGACACCGAUGUCUCCAAGCAGAUCCAGCAAAUGGUCCGAUUCAUUCGGCAAGAAGCCGAAGAGAAGGCCAACGAGAUCUCCGUUUCUGCUGAGGAAGAGUUUAACAUUGAGAAGUUGCAAUUAGUGGAAGCCGAGAAGAAGAAGAUUAGGCAGGAGUAUGAACGUAAGCAGAAGCAAGUUGAAGUCCGUAAGAAGAUUGAGUACUCUAUGCAGCUCAAUGCUUCUAGAAUCAAGGUUCUUCAAGCUCAGGAUGACUUGGUUAACAAUAUGAAGGAGGCAGCAUCAAAGGAACUUUUGCGCGUGAGCAAUGACCAAAAAUACAAAGAACUUCUGAAAGAUCUUAUUGUUCAGAGUUUACUCAGAUUGAAAGAACCUUCUGUGCUACUUCGUUGUCGCAAAGCUGAUGUGGAUUUGGUGAACUCUGUCCUAGAGCAAGCCAAAGAGGUUUAUGCUCAGAAGGCAAGCGUUCACACGCCUGAGGUCAUUGUUGACACUGUCUAUCUUCCGCCUGCUCCUUCCAGUCAAGAUUCACAUGAUCCUUACUGCUCUGGAGGCGUGGUAUUAGCAUCUCGAGAUGGAAAGAUAGUGUGUGAAAACACUCUUGAUGCAAGGUUGGAAGUUGUGUACCGCAAAAAGCUUCCAGAGAUCCGUAAGUGGCUGUUUGGCCAAGUUGCCGCCUAAUGUGGUUGAAGGAUUCUGUAUUUAAAUCGUGCGUGGGUUUUGCAAGUGCUCGAAGUUUAGAACUGGCAAUUUACCAUGAGUUUGUCCCUUGUUGGUCUUCCUAUUACCUUGUACCCCAGAUCGGUGAUUGCUCAAGUGGAAGUGUCCUCUUGUCUUACAGGCUUUUAUUAGUGUUAAACAGGAACACAAAAUUUUCUUCAGUAUUUCAGAGUUCUUUCCCCUAUUUUUUCCCCAAUAUUUAUUUGUUUUUAUAUUUUUGUAAAAUAAGGUUAAGUUGCUCGAACCUAGACCUGGUCAUAUGGAGCCAAUAAAAUGAAAAUUCUGUCUAUCCCGAUCGGACUUUUUUCUUGGAACUACUUCUGCUUGUUUAGCAAAUGCUUCAUUGGAGACUGAUCAUUAUAGAAUACAUGGAUAUCUCUGGGAUUCUUCGAAGAAAGGAUAUUUAUUUAUCUGAAUGUUUUGUGUUUAAUAUCUUGUGAGGUGUGAUUAGGGUUGUCUUUGUUUUUCUUUUCCUACAUCUUGGAAGCGAUUUGGUACUCUCUCUAUCUCUGGUACACUAUAAAUUGGACUUUGGUUGAGAAAGGGGGAGCAAGUGAGCAACUGUUCUGAAUAAGCAAAGCAAUGAAUGAAAGUCUUUCUUACAA